CGUCGGCGUGGGAAGAUAUAUACCAACGCUGAUCCCAUGUACCGCUCACCGACAGUCGACAUCAUCCAUCUAUCUGCUCACUACCUCUCAACAACAUCAAAGGCUCUUUUCUUCCCGUCCCAUGAAUACGACUCUAUAGGGGAUAUCAACCACCCAGUCUCCCCCCGCCUUCUAGUUCUCCUACCCCCGUACCCGCGUUUGCCCCUGCAGCCCGCACCUAUCCCCUUCCAUGCAGCUUUGAGACACAUAGAUAGCUCUUAGCCAGCAACCCCCACCGACUAUCAAGGUGUCAUAUGCCAGGGUAGCAGCAAACAGAUAACAUGGCAUAAAGCCCUCGAGUCGACGUCUUUGCUCAUAUCAUCAUCGUUGCUCAUAGCACUACCAAGCUACUCUGCCGCCGCUCGAGUUCUUAGCUACUUUUGCCCCCCCGCUUUGCGAAAUCACUAGAUAUAUUUACACCCUCGGCGCCUCUCAUCUUCAGAUAUAACCUGUGCUGAGUUGUUCUUUGCCUUUUCUUUACCAUGGAAUCCUCUUUAGACUCCCAGGACGGGGAGAAGCCUCCACGCUCGCGGUGGCGCUCGUUCUUCAGGCGCAACGCAGGCACACCAGGAUCGCAGCCUGACCAGGCCAACGGCGACAGAGAAAACCUGCCUUCGAAGUGGAGUAUGGGCGUUCUCAACGAUAGGGAAACCCAUGAAGUGCCUGGCUCCGUUCUCCUCCUUGCCAACCUCCGAAAUGAACCUCUUGGCUUUCGAAAUGCACCCGCUCGCACUUCGCACUCUUCUCUCCCUUCACAAUACCCAUCGCCAUCACCAGCACCAUCACGAAGGCAAGUUAGGAGGACCGUCUCCGAUAUUGCAUCAAAGAAGAAGACGAGUGACGGCACCAUCGUUCUCGAACCACAGCCCGAAGACUCAGAUAAUGACCCCCUGAACUGGCCAGCAUGGCGCCGAGAUAGUGCGCUUCUGUCGUUGGGCCUCUACUGCAUGGUUGGUGGAGGAAUGACAUCUGUUCUUGCGGCUGGCUUCACAGACGUCGCCAAAACUUACGAUGUGUCGGUACCACAGGUCGCUCUGACUACAGGCUUGUACAUGAUGGGCUUGGGAGUGGGCUCAGUCUUUGCAAGCCCAACGGCUAUUCUGUACGGAAAGAGACCUGUAUACCUGGUUGGCUGCGUCUUGUUCGUUGCCACCUCAGUCUGGUGUGCGGCAUCUCCUAGCUACCCAUCAUUAGUAGCCGCGAGAGUGUUGCAGGGCAUGUCGGUUAGCCCUGUAGAGUGUCUUCCCUCAGCUACUAUUGCUGAGAUUUUCUUUUUGCAUGAGCGGGCGUACCGGAUUGGCAUUUAUACCCUUUUGUUACUUGGUGGGAAGAACUUGGUGCCUUUGGUUAGUGCUGCCAUCAUCGAGGGACUGGGUUGGAGAUGGGUUUUUUGGAUUGUUGCCAUGAUUGUUGGCUUUUGCGGAGUACUUGUUUUCUUCUUCGUCCCAGAGACGUUCUGGGACCGCACGCCUCGCCCUCGAGGUCGCACGUUGUCGAGGCUCCCAAGCGUCGUCCAAAUGUACCACAGCGUGGCUAGCACAAACAGGAAGAAAGCAAAGAGUGACGGCGAUGGUUUGGAUGAAGGGAAGAACGCGGCCUCUUCAGUUCCGCCCACUCCGAAUGUCGGUGAUGCGCCUAGAGGGCCUCACCGAAGGCCAGGAUUAAACCGAAAGAAGACAUCACUUCAUGUUGGAUUUUCUGUACCAAGCUCAAGGCAUGAAGACGGACCACUUGAUGGGGACUACUUUGGACUCCCGAUGUCUACAAUCACGGACCGCGAUAAUGUUGAUACCCCAACUAUAUCUAUUAAUCAGGGUGAAGCAAUGGAGACUCCUGUUCCGGCAGCGCGCCCACAAACUUCGCAAAGCGAAUCCCAGGGUCAGGUCCGUGCAGUCACUGAUCUAUCCAGCAGGCCGAUUAGGGAAAGGGCUGAAAGCCCUGGGGUGGCUCCCGGCGCUGACAUGUCUGAGAUUCCUUCUGACUUGGAAGCUGCCGUCGGAAAGCCACCUGGGCGGAACCCCAAGACUGGCGAAAAGUAUACAACUGUCCUCAGAACUGCGCCCAAACGCUCUUUUAUCCAGCAGCUGCGUCUGUACGAAGGCCGCUUGCACCAAGAUAACUGGUUCCGUGUUGCUAUCCGCCCGUUUAUCCUCUUCGCCUACCCAGCGGUCUUGUGGUCAGCGAUCGUAUACGCUUGCUCAGUCGGCUGGCUCAUCGUGCUCUCCGAGACUGUAGCGGUGGUCUACCGUAACCCCGAGUCAUACAACUUCUCUGCUCUGGGCACUGGUCUCAUCUACCUCUCGCCCUUCAUCGGCGGCGUCCUCGGAACGGUCGUGGCGGGGAAGGUGAGCGACAUCAUUGUACGUGCGCUCGCACGUCGCAAUGGCGGGCUGUACGAGCCGGAGUUCCGGCUCAUUAUGGCGAUUCCCGUUGCGCUGACUACUGUCAUCGGGCUUAUGGGGUUCGGAUGGUCGGCUGAGAACCAUGAUGCGUGGAUCGUGCCGACGAUUUUCUUUGGUCUCAUGUCGUUUGGGUGCACGUUGGGGAGCACGACGGCUAUCACGUUCUGUGUGGAUAGUUAUCGGCAGUAUGCUGGUGAGGCACUUGUGACUCUCAACUUCUCGAAAAAUAUCUUCCAUGGACUUGUCUUCAGUCUGUUUGUGAAUAAGUGGAUCGAUGAUAAGGGCUUGAAGGAUGUGUUCCUUGCGUUGGGUGGGAUUCAGCUUGCUCUGUUGGCGAUGACUAUGCCGAUGUAUAUCUAUGGGAAGAGAGCAAGGAUGUGGACUGUGCGGAUGAAUCUGAUGGAGAGAUUUUAGUAGCUUGAAGUUCAGGAUAGGUAUAUAUUGAAGGGAGGCAGCAUUUCUUGGGGGGUCUUCUUUUGGGUUUGCAACAGGCUGGUGUAACUGGUGGGAGUUUGCAUCGUUGGCGUUACAUCUUCUGUACGGCGCGGGACUGUUUAUUCGAUUGUUCGGCCGUAUGACCUAUCACUCAUAUCCCCAACAUAUUUUGGUCUCAAACCGCUUGCACGUUACAGUAGUGGACACAAAGACAAGUAAUCGUCGUGACCAAACUUUUCGCUUUGCUCAAGGUUGGAGUAAGCAAUACGCGGCUGCCCAACCCGAGAGGAAGCAAUAUGCGGCUCGUCGGAACGUGCGUCUGUUCACCGCCACUCCUCAACAAAACCUCCACCAUAGUUGUCCAUAGUAUUUAGAUA